AUGAGCUCGAAACAAGUGCAUAGCGCACUGAUGGGCUUCGUGUCUGUGAAUCCCGGGUUAGUCCUCCUCGGAAACGAGCACGUAGUUAUGAGAAGAGACCACGCAGGAAUAGAAGACAAGGUGAAGCUGCUGUCAGGUGGCGAGGCGGGUCACGAUCCUUGGCCCGCCGGGUUUGUGGGCCCCGGAAUGCUGACUGCCGCCGUCGUAGGAGCGGGGGGCCCACCGCCCUCUGACGUCAUCCUACGCACUAUCCGCGAACUCGCGAGGAACAACUCCGCCGGUAUCCUCAUCAUAGUACAGAACUACUCUUCACACCACUACCAUUUUGGUAUUGCUGCCGAGAGAGCGUUAAAUGAAGAUUUGAAAGUGAAAAUUCUCAUUGUCGGAGAUGACCUGUUGCCAUCGGAAAGAUUCAAAGGUCGACGCGGUCUAGCCGGCGCGAUCCUCAUUCAGAAGAUAGCCGGUGCUAUGGCGGAAAGGGGUUGCAAUCUCGACGAAAUCUUUGAUUUGUGCCGAUCAGUCGCUCUCAGAGAUUUGACCACCAUCAGUGUCAAUCUAGUACGAGAGAGAUCAGCCGUUGUCUUAAACGAAGUAGAAAUAAUGCCUGAUCCGAGUAUAGGUUUGAUUACAAGCCAGUCCCCGGCAGAAGUCGUCGAACUAAACGUCCAGUCGAGCAACUACAGGGAACUGAGAACAACACACCGCCCCUACACGAGCCCAGCGAAUGCAGUGCAAAUGGUGCUACAGCGCCUGAUGAGAAUCGAAUCGACUUCGUGUGCCACACUGCAGUCUGAUCCGUUGGUUGUGCUUAUUAACAACCUGGGUAACGAUCCGAGACUUGAAGAAUAUUUGUUUACUUACGAAACAGUUAAGCAACUCGACGAGAAGGGCUAUAAUGUGCGAAGAGCUUACUGUGGAAGUUUGUUCACGGCGCGCGAAGCGAGCGGGUUCUCUGUAACUGCAUUUCGUCUGUCAAACCCGGAGGAGCUAGAUUUCUUAGACGCACCUACUUUAGCUCCAGCUUGGCCUCAGAAGUCGCAAACCCUUACCGGAAAGGAAGAACACCUGCUGAAGUUGCUAGAAACUGUAAAGCCGAAGUCCGAUGUGGAGAUCCAAGAAGAAGAUCCUCAUUACGAGUGUGGAUCCCCAAUUCCAGAAAAACUCAGUUCGAAAAUACAGGAGGUUUUAAAGUUCGCCGCAAAAACGUUAAUAGCGUGUGAGAAGCAGCUGAAUCUAUUUGACGACUUUGGAGGCGACAAGGACUGCGGAACAAAGAUACGAAAGGGAUCAGAAGUAGUUGUGAAUGGAAUCGAUAGUGGCGAGAUAACGGCUCGCAGUCUGUGCCGUUUGUUUCACACUAUUAGUGAAAUCGCAGAAAACAUUAUGGCAGGUGCUUCUGGCGCUCUCUACAGUGCGUUCUUUGAGGCUGUAUCAAAGGUCUUCGACGAAGAUGGAGGACCGGUGACUGUUUGUGAGACUAAAUGGUUGGAAGCCUUGGAAUUUGGUACAGACGCAAUGUUCCGCAUUUGUAUGUCAACGGUGGGAGACGGCACCUUCCUGGACCCCCUGUCGGCGGCGGCUGUCCUCACAGCUGCGUCGCACAGUCGAGAGCGCGAUGUCAACGCGAGCAAACCGUGCAGCGCGCGCGUGGGAGGGGGUCGAUCGCCGGUCGGCGGGGUCUGCCCCGCCGCAGGCCCCCUCGGCCUCUCCACUUAUGACGACUUCGGCUCCGGCAGAUGGACAUCUGACGGAGACGUCACAGGCCCGAUAGAUUUCAACGUUUCACUCGGGCUGAGCUAUGCAACCGCCUGGCGGCUCAGCGACGACAGAACAGCAGGCCCAACUGACACCAACACCGCUUCUACCGGUAAACAAGAGUGCUCGCGGAAGCCGUCGGUGGCGCGCAAAAUAGAAACCUUCGCGGACGAAGAAAACUCGUACCCUCCGCGUGGUGGCGUCGUUCACGACGAACCUGAUGUGGGUCAGGACAGGACGACACCGCUGGAAUUCGGCUAG